AUGAUGUUCGGAAAGUUCAGUGACGAGCGGGCGAAAUGGAAGAUCGCCGCCAAGCUGGAGCAGAGAUCACUGUUGAUAGCAGUGAACCUCCUCGCGGGCCUCGCUAUCUUUUUCUUCGGUUAUGACCAGGGUAUGAUGGGUGGAGUCAAUGACUCCAAGGCGUACGUGGAUCAAAUGGGAUUGGGAUACAAGGAGAAUGGGAGGAUCGUUGUCACCAACACUCUGCUGCAGGGAGGCAUCGUCUCGGUUUACUACCUAGGGACGCUGGUCGGAUGCUUUCUCGGCGGGUAUGUCAGUGAUAAAUACGGCCGAAUCAACUCCCUAGCGUUUGGUGCCGUCUGGGGGAUCAUCGGCGCCGCACUCCAGUGCACCGCAAUGAACCCAACGUGGAUGAUCGUGUCUCGGCUGAUCAACGGCAUUGGAACAGGCGUGCUGAACGCUACCGUCCCCGUCUAUGGCUCCGAGCUUGCCGACUACGAAUCCCGCGGCAUGUUCAUUGCCAUGGAGUUUACCCUGAAUAUUGUCGGGGUGGUGGUGGCUUACUGGCUGGGAUUCGGGCUCAGCUACAUUAGCAAUGGCACAUCUGAGUUCCAAUGGCGGUUCCCCGUUGCCUUCCAAAUAGUCAUGCUGCUUAUUCUUGUGACAACGUGCUGGUUCUUCCCUGAAUCCCCCCGUUGGCUCUGCAUGAUGGGCCGUCGCGACGAAGCAUUCUACGUCCUCAAGCGUCUUCGCGGGUCCGCAAACGAACAUUCAGCCAUGCAAGAAAUGCGAGAGAUUGAGGCUAUCGUCGAGCUCGAGCAUGAGUCAGGGCAAAACGUCACCUAUUUCCAUAUGCUGUUUGGCAUUGGCGAUGGAGAUUUGCACAUCGCGCGCCGAGUGCAACUAGUGAUCUGGCUACAGAUUCUGCAAAGCUGGUCGGGGAUCGCAGGCGUCACCAUGUACGCUCCAACAAUCUUCCAAAUCGCCGGGUUCGAUUCCCAAAAGACAAUGUGGAUCUCGGGAUUGAACAACAUCUUCUACGCGUUCGCAACCCUUAUCUGUGUCUUCACGCUCGACCGCAUCGGACGCCGCUGGACGCUCUGGUGGGGAGCGGCAGGACAAGCAAUUGCCAUGUUCGCUGCAGGGGGUCUCGCUCGUGCUGGAGUAGACCAUCCCGACAACCAGGGCCCCUGGGGUAUUGGCGCAACUUCCAUGGUGUAUCUGUACACGUUUGUCUUUGGUGCUACGUGGCUCACUGUGCCGUGGCUGUACCCAGCAGAGAUCUUCCCGCUGAAGGUGCGAGCCAAGGGUAAUGCCUGGGGUGUUGUUGGCUGGAGUUUGGGUAAUGGAUCCCUGACUCUGGCGCUCCCUUACAUUUUCGGCUCUAUCGGCGAGAACACCCUGCACGUAUUCGGUGCUGUCAACCUUAUCAGUAUCCCCAUCGUCUGGGCUCUGUACCCCGAAUCCAGCCAGCGCACACUCGAGGAAAUCGAUCUGCUCUUUGCAGCCAAGGCCCCCUGGGUCUGGGUAGCAGAGUCGAACUUUGCCAGGCUUAUGGCCGAGAAUCCAAACUUCGGUGCCGCUCGUCACGGCGGGAAAAUCAUCAGCGAUGCGGAGAAGGCAUGGAAUGCUCAGUCGGAGCAUGAAGAAACGGUUUCUGUCUAG